CCAACGCCAACACGGCAAUAAGCACCUCACCCAAGACACUUGAACAAGAGCGGUAGACGAGAUCAACUUGGGCUGAUCAACCACACCCUGACCAUAAUGUCUGCAAUUGGUCCCUUUGAGGAGCCUGCACCCGGCUGCAAACCCGCCGCUGCCCCUGCCUUGACCGCCGAUCAGCAAACCAAAUACGACGAGCUUCUUGCCGAUGUCCGUGGAUGGGAAACACUGCCCACCACCUCUGCAAAGACUGCCGAAACCUCACCAAUCAGCGACGAUGAGCGCAUGUGGCUCACUCGCGAAUGCCUCCUCCGAUACCUGCGUGCCACCAAGUGGAACCUUCCCCAAGCGAUACAACGCCUGCGCUCGACGCUGAUAUGGCGUCGUGAGUACGGCACCGACCGCUUCACUGCCGAAUACAUCUCAGAGGAGAACGAAACCGGCAAGCAGGUCUUGCUUGGUUUUGACAACGAGGGAAGGCCGUGUCUGUACCUGCUGCCGCAGAACCAGAACACCAAGGAGACACCCAAGCGGGUAGAGCACUUGGUCUACAUGCUGGAGCGCACCAUAGACUUGCACCCGCCUGGUCAGGAGAGUCUGGCACUGUUGAUCGACUUCAGGAACACGGGAGCUGGUGGCACCCCUAGCAUGGGCAUCGCCAAACAGGUCCUUGACAUCUUGCAGAACCACUACCCCGAGCGACUUGGUAGGGCGUUGCUCACACACCUCCCAUGGUAUGUCAAUGCCUUCCUCAAGCUCAUCAACCCCUUUAUCGACCCCGUCACCAAGUCCAAGAUCAAGCCGAACGAGCCCCUACCCAACCACGUGCCCACAUCACAGCUCAUGAAGGUCUCUGGCGGUGAAGUCGACUUCAAGUACGACCAUUCCGUCUACUGGCCGGCGCUUGAGAAGAUCUCCACGGAGCGGAGACAACAGAGGAAAGAGCGAUGGGAGAAGGCUGGCAAGAUCAUAGGAGAGAGCGAGAUCUACCUGUGGGGAGGAGACGAGCCUAGUCUUGGAAGCGGGACGGCAGAGAAGACUGCGGGCGAGGCUGCAGUGCCUGCAGCAGCUGAGAGUAGCAAUACCAUGUCCAACGGCGGAACAGAGCUUGUUGAGGGUGUCGAGAAGCUGGACAUCAAGGAAGGCGAGCCAGUCAAGGCUGCUGCCUGAACGGUUGUUAAUAUUCUAGACUGUCGUUCUCCCUAUAAGCACUGUAUAUAAUAGACAAAUCGACCUCGUCCAAUAAGGCAACAGAUGGCUGCGCAUACCGAGAGCGUUUCCCUGCCAAUUGAAACACAUGCAUCUGGGAAGCUCAGAUUUGACUGACAAAGGGGCGGCGACAAG